GAGCCCAGCACCCCGCCUUCGGGCUGGAAGCCGACGCCGAAGGCAGAGCAGGGGAAGAGACGGCUUUGCGGAGGUUUUGGGGCUUCAGAGGUCUCGGCCCGGCACUGGGCGAGCUGGAAGCGGAAGUGAGUGAUGACUCCACGUCUGAGGCGCUGGAGAUCCCGUCUCGGCGACCGCUCACAGUCUUCUCAGUACCGGCCCCUGCCCCAGAGCCGCCGUCUCCACCGCCAGGGUGGCAGCCGGCCGCAACCGAGGCCGUCUUUGCGCCCAGCUUCCUUUUCGACGCUCGGGAGCCCCUGAAGUCGCUGGCUCCGAAGCUGCGAAAGGUCCGCGUGGACGACAUCGAGUUCACGCAAGACACCUGCGCGGACCACUUCAGCGACGGCAGGCGGUGUGAUGACACGCUCAAGCAGCUGCUUCGAGGAGAAAUUCGGCUAGACGCGGAGUGGCUGACGCUCGACGUCGUCAAAACAAGCUCGGGCGUGCUGGCUAGCUUCAACAACAGAAGACUGAGAAUGCUGAAGACAUACCAGAAAUUUGUCCAGCAGCAGCGACCGGGAGACGACACAGUCACAGUCGAAGUCCGCUGCAGGGUGCGGACCAUGGAAGCUGAUUUCGAGAGCGUCUUAGAGCAGCUUUACAAGCUCCAGCAUAAAGAGACCUUCCAGCAGCAGAAGGAGCUCUUCAGAAAUGUGCUUUUUCAUCGGGACUCCGAAUACCGGGGUGAGAUCCAUGUCCGCUGCCGCAACAACAAGAGGCGAAGGCGAUAG